AUGCGUGCCCUGUGCUGCUGCGGUUACAAGAGCAGCUGUUGCCCAUCGUUCGUGUUGUCGCUGCAGCAGCAGCAGCGGCGGCUGCACUCAGUGCGAGCGGCCGCUUGCGGGAGCCACGCACUCCGGAGGUGCGGCACCGUGGGGCUUGCCACCUCAACGUCUGCCAUGCACGCGAGGGUUCGGUGGCACAGCACAACAACAACUCCACCAACCACUGCGCCCGGGGGGAAUUCAGGUGCGGAGGAUUCAGGGACUGCUGCUGCUGCAGGAGCCUAUCCCUCUUCCUCCGCAACAGCAGCGUCUACGCACAGGACGCUCCGCACGGUGCGGCUCCAUAACAUGCCGCGGACCUGGAUGCAUGAAGAGGUGGUGCAGUUUCUUCACCACGUGGCAGAGCACGCGGGAAUCACACCGCCCACUGAUUCUGCAACGGAGGCUGAAUGCCAAGAGCAGCGCGAAGGUGAAGACGGGGAAGAAGGUGAGGAAGAUACGACGUCGGCAGUGCCGUAUGUCACCUCGCCUUUUGUUGCACGUAUGCGCAUUCCGUUCGGCCGCCGCACCGGUAUCGUNUACGGCGCCCCUGUCAUUCGGCUGACCUCCAACGCCCUCACCGACUACUUGCUGCGAGACUUAAAGUUCGACCCCGACGACUACCGCGGUCGCAUUUACUUCACGGAGGUGACGGGUAGCGAAGCCAUGGCAGAAGCAGCAGCUGUGACGACAGAUGAGGCGGCGGUGGUGAGGAUGGAACAGCAGCAAGCCCUCGAUACGCUCGAGUUGGAUCGCUACCUGCUGGCUCCCGAUCUUCUUUACGACAUUGCAAAGAUGCGGCAGCGGCGUCUUGUGACGCGGCAGUCGAAGUUGCUGCUGCACACCUUUACCGAUGAUGAUAAUGACGACAACGACAUCGAGGGGAGAGAGGCAGAUUGGAGUGAGAAGGAAGAGGCGGACGCGACGAAUGGGGCGCAGGAAACGGGUGCGAUGAAUGAGGAAAAGAAGAAGAGGCGGAAGGGACUUCGCUGUGCGGGGGAUUACAAGGAGCUCGGCCGUGGCUCCAUGCAUAGCAUACCGCUGCCUACGCCGUACGUGCAGGGUCGUCGCGGUACGUAA